AUGGAAGAUGGCUUAUCAACUCAUCAAGAACCUGAAGGAGUUGCAGAGAAUAAUGUGAGAAAAUCGAGUGCAGUCUCGGAGGAGCAACAAUUGAAGUUCAUUAUCAAUGGUGGAAUUGUGAAAGAGUGUGAGUUGAGCGAGGCAUUCUGGGCUGAAUUGACCGUUGACAAGUGGAAGCUGGUCUUGCGUAUGCCUACCUUUGAAGAAACCCUCUCAGGGUACCUCAGAGAAGGUGACGAAGAUGUUACACAAGGAAUCAAAGUCAACGUGUAUGGUAAGGGUGGCCGGGAGUUUGAAAUGACGCUCAAGAAAUGGGUGAAAUAUCGAACCUCCUUCUUUGUGCUUAAUCGAGGGUGGUUCACUUUCUGCGACCAACAUGGCUUGAAAGUUAACGAUCUCGUCGCCAUUCGGAUCUUCCGCCAUGGAAUAACCAACAAAAUGGUUGGCGCGUGA